GCGCUUUGUUUACAAGUGGUGGUCUUCGCGGCUGGCCUGGCUGGAGCGUCUCCGAGUGAAAAACGAGUAAAAAUUCGUGGAAAUUUUCUCUACAAACGGAAAAGUGUGCCAUUAUCUGAAGCAAUAAUGGAAGAGACGAAGAAACUCGGCUACGACACGACGUGUCCCUUUAACCCGGCCCAUCUGCUAGCGGGCGAGAGCAUGCAGAAGCACUUGCUGAAGUGCAAGAAGCAGCACAAAUCGUCGAAUUUGAUAGUCUGUCCGUUUAACCAAACGCACUACAUACGGAAAAGCGAAUACGCCCAGCACAUCAAGGUCUGUCCGGAUCGUAUUUUGAUCGAAUCGUGCCGCUACACGGAGAAAAACGACGCGCGAGGUGGCACGAACGCGGGUCAACGACAGGAAACAACGCAGCCGAACUACACCGCGGAAACAACAAGCUACAACGGCAACGAUGAAGAGAACUGGGACGAUAUGGAUGUGCCGGCGUACAAUCCGCUAAAGUAUUGCCUGGAGAACAAGGUCAUUCGCCAGGCCAACCACUUGACACCGGCCGAAAAGCGUGCAUUCUACGAGGAGGAAAGAAUUCGUCACAUGGAGCUGAGCAAGAAGUUGCAACAAUAGUGCACCGUUUUGCUGUUUUUACGUUACGACGUAUUGCUAUGUUAAUAUACUCUCAGUUAAUGUAACCAAGGAACACAGCCGAAAGAGGGACAGAUCCGAUACUAGCGCCACAACGAACACCUAGCACCCGCUUCGGGUUAGCGCGCUGUAUAGCAAACGUACCAAGAAUCUUCCAAACAUUCUAUGAAAAUUUACCAAAUAUGAAGAAAGUGGAUAUUAAAGCAAUGAUCAAUGUAAAACAAUAAAUU